AUGGGUUGCCCAGAAAUACUACUAGUGCAAUUCACAUUGCUUGCAGCAAUGUUAGCAGCAAAACCAACAGCAGCAGCACCGCCUCAGCCCAAGCCAGACUGCCCAUCCAGCUGCGGAAACCUCAGCAUCCCCUUCCCUUUCGGCACAACUUCUGAUUGUUCCCUCAAUCCCUCUUUCCUCAUCACUUGUAACGACACACAUUACAACCCAACAAAACCAUUCGUACCCAAAACUGAUGAUCCUAUAGAAAUCCUUGACAUAUCACUUGAUGGCCUAAUGCGAGUCUCAUCCUUUGUGGCACGGGACUGUUACAACCAGUCCGGUAUUCGUGUCAGCACGGACUAUGAUCGCACAUCAACCCUCGUUUUGACUGAUUUCUUCAUUUCUAACACGUUGAACAAGUUCACGGCUGUUGGGUGCGACACAGUUGCUGUGGUGCAAGAUUUUGAGUUAGAGAACUACACAACUGGAUGUCUUUCCGUGUGUGACCGCGUUGGGAGUGUCGUUAAUGGAUCUUGUUCUGACCGGGGAUGCUGCCAGACUUCAAUACCACAAGGAUCAAGAGAUUUUGUAGUGGCUGUCACGAGCAUGAAAAAUCAUUCCACUGUAAUGGACUUUAAUCCAUGUGGUUAUGGUUUCGUAGUGGAAGAAACAGCUUUCAGUUUUUCGUCUUUAGAUCUGAAGGACUUGCAGAAGAGAGAGACUGUCCCUGUGGUGCUUGAUUGGGCUGUGGGAAAUGAGACAUGUGAAGAAGCUAUGAAAAACUCAUCAAACUAUGCGUGUCAAGCGUCGCGUAGCAGAUGCUACAAUUCAACCAAUGGACCGGGGUAUCGUUGCUUAUGCUCAUCAGGUUUUCAAGGGAACCCUUACCUCAUUGAUGGCUGCCAAGAUAUCAAUGAGUGUGAAACUUCAAAUCCCUGCAACAAAACAUGCACAAAUUUUCCGGGGAGUUUUGCAUGUUCAUGCCCAGAAGGGUUUGAAGGCGAUGGAAUGAAAAAUGGAACAGGUUGCCAUCUCAAAGGUCAAUCUAGGGGAUCUACCUUGAUUAAUGUUGCUUUAGGUACAAGCAUAGGCCUUCUAGUGCUAGUACUUGGAAGUUCUUGGAUAUAUUGGACAAUGAAGAAAAGAAAGCUCAUAAAACUUAGAGAAAAUUUCUUCUGGAAAAAUGGUGGAUUUAUGCUGCAACAACAGCUCUCCAAAUAUGAAGGCUCAGCUGAAACGACCAGAAUCUUUACCAUUGAAGAUCUCAAGAAGGCUACCAACAACUACGACCAUAGUAGAGUAAUAGGCCAAGGUGGCUCUGGAACAGUAUACAAAGGGGUUUUAACAGAUAAUAGAGUUGUUGCAAUUAAGAAGUCGAAAAUAAGUGAUCAAAGCCAGAUUGAGCAGUUCAUAAAUGAGGUGGUCAUUCUUUCUCAAAUCAACCAUAGGAAUGUGGUAAAGCUGUUAGGAUGUUGUUUAGAGACAGAAGUCCCUUUACUAGUUUAUGAGUUCAUAGAAAAUGGAACACUGUUUGACCAUAUUCACAAUGAAGAACGCGCAGCCUUAUUUUCAUGGGAAAUUCGUAUUAAAAUAGCAGUGGAAGCUGCUGGAGCACUUGCAUACUUGCACUCGGCAACAUCACCUUCAAUAAUUCACAGAGAUAUUAAGAGUACCAAUAUACUACUAGACAAUACUUACAGUGCAAGGGUGUCUGAUUUUGGAGCUUCAAAGUUGGUUCCUUUGGAUAGUACUCAGAUAACCACAUUGGUGCAAGGGACGAUUGGCUACCUGGAUCCAGAGUGCUUCCGUUCGAGUCAAUUGACUGAGAAGAGUGACGUUUAUAGCUUUGGAGUUGUCCUAGCUGAGCUAACAAUAGGAGAGAAGGCAUUUUCUUUUGAAAGGCCUGAGAAAGACAGAAACCUAGCGAUGUACUUUGUUUCUUCUGUUAAAGAAGAUCACUUGCUCAAAAUUUUUGAGGAUAGAGUAGGCAAUGAGGAAAAGAUUGAGCAGCUCAAAGAAGUUGCUAAGCUCACAAAGAGGUGCUUAAGAGUAAAAGGAGAGGAAAGGCCUACUAUGAAGGAUGUAGCAAUCGAGUUGGAGGGAAUAUUGAGAAUGACGGAGAAGCAUCCAUGGGUAAAUGUAGAUUUGUAUGCUGAAGAGACAUUAUACUUGCUCGAUGAUCAAAGUCUACAUACCACUGACAACAAUAGUGUUACUGCUAUGUAUGCUAGCAAAAGGGACCAUACUAUAAUGCCAUUAUAUGAUUGGCAAUAG